UUAUAUCACAAUCUUAUCCCCUAAGCUUCUUCACUUCCACUCCAUCCACCACCGGCUUCCACCUCCACCACCGGUUUCCAACUCCACCACCGGCUUCCACCUCCACCACCGGCUUCCACCUCCGGCUUUCAACUAACCAUGAGUGAAUCGGAGAACAUCACCGGAUACUUACCUGUUAAUACCGCUGAUUCUACUGGCUCUGAAACAGUUUCCGUUCAUCAUCAACAACAACUGCAACCGCAACAGUUUCCGUUAGGUUUGAGUUUAGAUAACGGCCGUGAAAUAAUCGGAGGAGCGUUUGCGGGACAGCAACUGCAGCAGCAGCAGCGUGAGACAGGAGGAAGCAUGAAUAUGAGUGGUUUGUUUCCUCAGUUUGAGAAUUUGCUUUGUUUGUAUCUUAAGUUUUGGUUCGAAGUGAAUGGUAUUAUGUUUGUGCUGUGGUUAAAGUAAGAUUAACUCAUAACAAUAUUUGUAAUUUGCAGAGUUAUUUAUUAUUCAUAAAACCCAAUAUUCUGUUGGUU